UUGGGUAAAUACGAUCACGUGGGGGCUAGGGAACCAAUGAGCUGCCGGGAAAAGGCUGGAAAAAUAAUUACCUGCCUUGAUUGUUCUGUGAGCAGAUAAAAAGUACAUAUACAGUUCAUACAAUAAUCUUAUGUAUGUAAAACCCUGUUACGAUGUCGGCGACGGGGCCCAUCAGUAACUAUUACGUGGACUCGCUCAUCUCUCACGACAAUGAAGACCUCCUAGCGUCCAGGUUUCCGGCCACCGGGGCUCACCCUGCCGCCGCCAGACCCAGCGGCUUGGUGCCGGACUGUAGCGAUUUUCCAUCCUGUAGCUUCGCGCCCAAGCCGGCCGUGUUCAGCACGUCGUGGGCGCCCGUGCCCUCACAGUCGUCCGUGGUCUAUCACCCGUACGGCCCCCAGCCCCACCUCGGCGCCGACACGCGCUACAUGCGGACUUGGCUCGAGCCGCUGUCCGGCGCCGUCUCCUUCCCCAGCUUCCCGGCCGGGGGCCGUCACUACGCCCUCAAGCCCGACGCCUACCCCGGGCGCCGAGCGGACUGCGGCCCAGGCGACGGCCGCAGCUACCCGGACUACAUGUACGGCUCGCCCGGGGAGCUGCGCGACCGCGCCCCGCAGACGCUGCCCUCGCCCGAGGCGGACGCGCUGGCCGGCAGCAAGCACAAAGAGGAGAAGGCCGACCUGGACCCUAGCAACCCUGUGGCCAACUGGAUCCACGCCCGUUCCACAAGGAAGAAGCGCUGCCCCUACACCAAGUACCAGACGCUGGAACUGGAGAAGGAGUUUCUCUUCAAUAUGUAUUUAACCAGGGACCGACGAUACGAGGUGGCCCGUGUUCUCAAUCUCACUGAGCGGCAGGUCAAAAUCUGGUUUCAGAAUCGGAGGAUGAAGAUGAAAAAGAUGAAUAAAGAGAAAACCGACAAGGAGCAAUCCUAAGCCCUGCCCCAGCCUGCUGCCUCCGCACAGCCAAGGGAAACACAAAAACCCCACAAAAAUGCCCCAACCCAGGCGGGAGAAAACACGAAAAGAAAAGGAAAGAGCAAGAUAGAGAAAAGCCCACCGUCUUAAAAAGAAAAAAAGGAAGGAGAAAAUGCAAACUCUUGCGAUGUGGGAGGGUUAAGUGUUGAGAAAUUGGUGUUUAGAGUUAGUUCUAUCCAGCAAGGAGGAGGCAGGAAAAACCGCGGUCUCUUCCCCCCAGCGCAACCGAAAUAAAUGACACACACAAA